AGAGAUAUUCUCACAUGAAGAGGUGGAGGGACAUGCCAGGAUGUUGACACAGAUUAAAGAUUUAAAGUUGUUUGAACUGUCUAAUCUACAGUGCAUGCGGAAACAAGAAUCAAAACUGGGCACAGUUCUGCAAAAUCUUGAUAUUCUUGAAGUAUGGUGGUGCGGCAAUUUGAUUAAUUUAGUGCCAUCCUCGGCAUCUUUCCACAAUCUAACAGUUCUAGAAGUGUGGUUUUGCAAAAGAUUGAAGAACCUAGUAGUAUUUUCAACCGCCAAAAGCCUGGUGCAACUCAAAGAAAUGAAGAUAUGUGUAUGCGAAAUGAUGACAGACGUGGUACCAAAUGAGGGAGAUGUAAUGGAACCUGAGAUUAACUUUUGCAGAUUGAAGACCUUGACGCUUUUUGCUUUAGUAAGUCUCACUGGCUUCUGCUCUGGGAAUUCUACUUUAAAAUUCCCAUCUUUGGAAGAAUUAUUUGUAAUAGAAUGCCCCAAUAUGAAUAUUUUCUCAAGAGGAGUCUUAAGUGUACCAAACUUGCAAGAAGUACAGCAAAGUUGGGCAGCAGAUGUAUGGUGUUGGGAUGGUGAUCUUAAUACAACCAUUCAAAAUUUGCAUUAUAAAGUGAUUUCCUUCAUGGUGGCGUUGAUCCUUAAAGGUUUUAAAGGUAGUUCUGUUUCCCUCCUUUGAUAGUGUGAGGUUGAAUGGUGGAAGGUUUUCAUUAACGCUAUAGUUUGUAUUCACCCCCUGCUGCCUUAUUCAUGGGCACUCAGAAGAUUUGAA